AAAGAAAGUAUUUCACUAUUUCCCUUUUUCUCUCCCUGCUUGUGUUGUGUCUUUACAUGUCUUGUUGAAUGCUAACUACUUCUUCCUCUCUCUCUCUUUCUCUCACUCACUCACUCAUUUCUUGUUUUUAUUUCUUCUGAACCAAUUGACUUAGCUUACUUAUAUGUUCCACCACCCAAACCCUAAUCUCAGGAACUUUGUGUUUGUCCUCUUCCUAUUUGUCUUCUUCUUACUCUCAGAAUAUCUCUGAUCUUUGUGUCUUCUUCUUCAAUCUUCACUCUCCCAUCAAAACCACUUUGGCCUUCUUCUUUUUCUUCUUAUUAUGUCUUCUCUAUCUCCCUCAUUUGGAUUGGCUUCUAUGCAAGUUCCAAAAAGUCAAUAAUUGAUAAGCAAUCUCCAUCAUUGUUCAUUUCUGGUGGUGCUUCCUUGUUUUGUUUUGUUCUUAUAUAUUCUGGUGAAGAAGCUUUGUUAUGGAAUCUUGUUACUGCAAUCUUGAAGUUGAGGUAAAUGGAGACGAGACCUUCAUGGUUGACAAGGCUAUUAUUGCUCAAUACUCAAGCAAGUUAGCUAGAUUAUUUGGAAAAUCUAGUGGUCCCAGUGGGAAACUCAAAGUAAUAUUCCAUGAUUUUCCAGGGGGUGCUGAGGGUUUUGAGCUUAUGCUAAAAUUUUGUUACAACAAUGGAAGCAUUGACAUGAACUCUUCCAAUUUGUUACAAGCACAUUGUGCAGCUGAGUACAUGGAAAUGAAGGAUUCUGUUCUUGGUGUUCCUAAUUUGUUGGAACAAACAGAGAAGUCACUUGAAGAAAUAAGCUAUUGGAGAUGGUCUGAACUUUUGGUUGCUUUGAAACAGUGCCAGAAUCUAUCAACUGUGUUGGAUUACUAUUCUAAUUCAAUGAUGCUGGAGAAGUGUAUGGACACCAUUGUUGGGAGAAUGUUUCUUGCUAGUGAAGCAAGCCCAUGCCCUUCAACUUGCUCAACUGAUAGUUCUUCCGGUGGGGUCCGGUUUUCGUGUGAUUCGAAGAGUACUGAGAGUAUCAAGACGAGUAGCUUCAGUUCGCGUCCGUGUUGGUGGUUUGAGGAUCUUGUUUUCUUAAAUCCGGUUUUGGUUGAAAUGUUGGUGAGGUCAAUGAUCACAAGAAAAUUGGAACAUGGUUUGAUUAGUAGGUUUCUAAUGUAUUAUCAAAAAGCAAGAUUUUCAAGUACUAUUGAUGUGAGUGAGAAGAUUAAGAUCUUGGAAAUGGUCAUAGAUAUGCAUUAUGAUAUGGAGUACUACCAUAAUAGUACAAUCCCUUUUAAGACCUUGUUUGGGAUUCUAAGAAUUAGUUUGAGUUUGAACAUAAGCAAAAGUUGUAGGCACAAGUUGGAGGCCAUGAUUGGUUCCAAUUUGGAUCAAGCAACUUUGGACAAUUUGCUUGUUCCAUCACCAUAUGGAAUAAGUUACUUGUAUGAUGUGAAACUUGUUCUCAAGUUUCUAAAGGCGUUCUUGCGACGCGGCGGCGGCGUUGUUGCUCCCACUAGGAUGAAGAAAGUUGCAAGCUUGAUAGAUUUGUACAUAGCAGAGAUAGCACCUGAUCCUUCUUUAAGGCCUUCUAAGUUCUUGGCUCUUGCCACAGCAAUUCCAGAUUCUGCAAGAGAUUCUUAUGAUGAGCUCUACCAUGCCAUGGACAUGUACCUUGAGGUUCAUGGUCAAUUGUCAGAAGAAGAAAAGUUGAAGAUAUGUUGUGGAUUAAACUAUGAUAAGCUUUCACCUCAAGCUUGCAUACACCUUUCUCAGAACCCAAAAUUCCCAUCAAAAUCAGCAGUUCAGGCUCUCAUAUCACAACAAUCAAAGCUCAAAAACUUGAUCCAAUCUACUCCAGCUACAUCACCAUUACUCAAUGGCUCAUCACCCCCUUUCUGCUUUACAAAUGUUAAUGCACAAAAGGGAAACAAAGACAAAAGCAAUGACCAAGUUGUGUUGUAUUCUUCUACUGGAGACUUUGAUGCUUCAUCUGAUAAUGAGAGACUCAAGGCACAUUUGCAAGGAAUGCAAUGGAGGGUUAUGGAAUUAGAGAAAAUCUGUAAGAAAAUGCAAACUCAGAUGGCAAAGAUCACAAAAUCAAAAGUACCACCCAAUAGUUAUGCAAGAUCUUUGCCUAAGCUCUGUUCAUGAUAUGUUAUUUUUAUUUAUUUAUUUUAUUUUUAUUUUCCCUUGUAUUUCUUCAUAUCUGUAUAGCACCCAAAUGAAGUUGAUUGAGUAAGAAAAAAUAUAUUGGUUGUACAUACAAUCAAGAAAUAAUGAAAAAAAAAUUAUAUAUAUACUGCAAAGAAUUUAAGAUU